CAAACAUUUAUUUCUUUUAUUUGCAAACAUGAUGAAGAUAUGGUUUUUUUAUCCAUCAUAUAUCAAUCAUAUUUUCUUCAUGCUUAUUUCCACAUUUAAAAAAAAAACCAUGUGUUAAAAAUAAAGAGAGAAGUCUAGAGUUUCCAGUCAUAAUUCGUGGAUUUUCAGUGUUUCAGUAUAAACGCAAGUGAGUGAUGAGCCUAAAAUUGACUUUGCUCUACAUUCCUUAUGCAGGAUCUAAAAUAAAUGCUGAGAAAGCUAAGAGAAUUAUCGUAUUUCUGGUUUUUGUUGUAGUUGUUUUUUUAAUUAUUAAGUUUGUUGCUGGCAACAUAUGGUGAAAUAAAAAAUAAAACUUGGCAUCAUCUUUUCAUCAUAAAAGUAUUAAUUAAUGUAUUGUUAUUAUAGGUUUCUGCUGUAAGAAAUUGUGUCAAAUAAGAAAAAAAAAAGUAAAAAUUAUAGCAGCCGAUAAGUCGAUAGGAAAACUUCGUUAUUAAUAGGAAAAACACAAGUUACCUGAAAAAAGUGAAAAAAAUUUCAAAGAAAAAAGCAACAUUUUCUUAAAGGAGCUUAAGCAAAAAGUUCAUUAGAGGGCGAUACGCAUAUAUAAAAUUACUUCAAAUUAGUUUUCUAGUGUAAAUAUUGGAUACAUCUUAACAUUAAUUAAAAAAAAAAGUCUCCAAUCUAACAAACAAGAAUGGGUGACGAGUUCGAUGGCUGCGAAUGCGUUUGGUCUCAUGCGUAUGCUAUGCAGCGAUUGUUGGCUUUCAUAAGACAAAAUCAAAAUAAUUGCACAGAUCAUUAUUGUGUGGAUGCCAGUGACAAUUUGCGGCAAUCAAAUUCAAUCAGUAUUCCAUCAGAUGUUGAGGCUCAAGAUGAUACUAAUUGCAUCAUGAUGACCAUGUUAAUGGUAUUCUUUUUAGUUUUGUAUCUGAUAAGGCCACAAUCGCUUAUGUCGUUUAAGAACACUGGAAAACGUGGCGGUGGACCAGAUGCUGAUGGAAACGGCGGAAGCUCUUUGCCACCAUCGCAACCGCCACCCGCUCCGCCAGCAACUAACUGAGCUUUAAAGAGCCUAAAGAUGAAUCGGAAAGAAAAAGGAACUUGAUUAUCAUAAUAUGAUUCGCCCAAUACGGAAGUACCAAUGGAUUUUGUAAAUGUAGUCAAAUCGUACAAUAAUAUUCAAUGUUUUAUAAAAAAAAAAUUUUUCACAAAAUUUAUCACAAUUUAUGCCUACUUCUGUUUUCUCUGUUUUCGUAGAUUUAUUAUUAAAUUUAGGUAAAGUAUC